AUGGUUGGGGCAGGCAGCACCGCCGGAUCCGUAUCGAUCUGUGCUACCCAGCUUUAUCGUCAUGCAGCGGCGGACUGUCACAGGGUAUGGCAAAGAGCGCUUCAACUUCUCGCUCCCGGUGCAGAUGAGAAGCUGUUCUUCGAUGUUAUCUGUGUUUUGGGGAAUGCCUGGCAGUGGCCGCUUGCAGUGGAAGUCUUGGACCACAUGGCCAGGACCAGUGUGCAGGCCACAGUCUUCUGUUUCACGGCGGCCGUAAGUGCGUGCGAGAAGGCUACUCGGUGGCAGACGGCCGUCCAACUGCAAAGUGACAUGGGACGUGCGAGAGUUCGACCUAACAUCGUGACUGUCAAUGCCCUCAUCAGCGCAUGCGGGAAAGCCAGCGAGUGGCAGCUUGCAAUGCAUUUCACGUUCAGCGUGCAGAGGGCCGAGAGACUUAGGGCGGAUCAGGUCACAUACUGUGCAGCCAUCACAGCAUGUGAGAAGGGGCUCCGCUGGCCACAGGCCCUUCACAUUUUUGCUUCAAUGCCCGGCGCUAGAUUGGUGCAAGACGUGGUUGGUUUUAGUGCCACCAUCAGUGCAUGUGAGAAGGGCGGGCAAUGGGAGAGGGCCCUGGGACUGCUGGCACAGAUGCCAACGGCAAGGGUCGUGCAGGAUGCCGUUUGCAUCAGUGCCGUCAUCAGCGCCUUUGAGAAAGGCACGCAGUGGCCCCUGGCACUCCACCUUUUGGCAGCGCCAGCAUUCAGAUUCGUCCCGAACGAAGUCAGCUUCAGUGCUGCCAUCAGUGCUUGCGGCAAAGGAGAACAAUGGCAAAGAGCCUUGCAGCUUCUGGCCGAUAUGCCGACGGUACGUGCUAAGCCCAACCAGGUCACACUAAGCGCUGCCGUAAGAGCCUGCGGAGAACACUGGUGGAUUGCACUUCAACUAGCACUGGGACAAGAGACGAAGGCACUUUGCAACGAGGUCGUCCGGCAUGCUGCCAUCAGUGCAUGCGAAAGAGCCGGGCAGUGGAAAGCGGCUUUGCACCUGCUUUCAAGCUCGUGCUUGGUCCAGGCUGCUCGAGAGGAGAUCAUGUACACUUCGACAAUCGGUGCAUGUGCCAGAAGCUUGCAGUGGCAGAGGGCCAUUCAGCUUUUGUCAGGCAUGCGUGCAGAAGUGGUGGAGCCAACGGAAAUCAGCUACAGUGCUGUCAUGAGCGCAUGCCAUGAAGCAGGUAAGUUUAAGCCUGCACUUAGCUACAUGUCAGAAGAGACCUGUGUGCGGACGUUGCGUGGGAUCCAUUUUGCGCAAGUGAAUUCUGGGCCUCGGCAUAGUGCCAGGAAUUGCUGGGGCACGGGCAAAGUGCGUUUCAGCUGCCACAAAGACAAAGCAUGGCUGGUGUGCAGACACAGGACGAGUACUCAGUCUUCCUGA